AUGGAGAAAGAUCAGUCUUCCUCCCCUGCAACUGUCUUCAGUUUCCGCAGUUUCUGUUGCAUUUUAGUCAUUGUCUCUUCAGUCUCUUCCAUUUCAUUCUUCUACUGGUCUCAGUACUACUACUCAACUAGAUCGUCAUUUUCAUUACCGUUAUAUGAUCAGAACACACCCAUUAAUCUCCUCACUUACACAUCAGCUUGGAACCAUCUUACCUUCUCGUCUGACCCUCCUAAAAAGCUUCUCAAGAUCGCUCUUUUCGUCAAGAAAUGGCCUCAAAGAAACCUCGCCGGAGGUCUUGAACGUCACGCGUUAACUCUCCACCUAGCACUGGCUAAACGAGGUCAUGAGCUUCACAUUUUCACCACCACCACCACAAAUGACACAAAUACUACUACAUUUCCUAAUAUGAACUUCCAUCUCUCACGGCCAACGUCAGGUGGAUAUCUUGAUCAAGCUCUGGUUUGGAACCAAUUUCAGAUUCAGAACUCAACUGGGAAACCAUUUGAUGUGGUUCACACCGAAAGUGUUGGGCUUAUGCAUACCCGGGCAAAAAAUGUAAAAAACCUUGCUGUCUCCUGGCAUGGGAUUGCCUAUGAAACCAUACAUUCCGAUAUCAUCCAAGAAAUGGUCCGGUCACCGGAGGAACAAAGGUCACAUACACUAACUGAAAGAUCAAUUAAAGUUGCGGAUGAGGUGAAAUUCUUCCCAAGGUACUCCCACCAUGUUGCAACCAGUGAUCACUGCGGAGAUGUUUUGAGGAGGAUUUAUAUGAUCCCGGACGGACGGGUUCACGUGAUACUGAACGGAGUAGACGAACAAGUCUUCAAACCAAAUCCGGCAGAAGGUAAAGCUUUCAGACACAAGGUUGGAAUUCCUGAAUCAGAAACAGCAUUGGUGUUGGGGAUGGCAGGAAGGUUAGUAAAAGAUAAAGGGCAUCCAAUUAUGUUUGAAGCACUUUCACAGAUUUUCGCCGAGCAAGAUGAUGCAUUUCGCAAAAGGGUGCAUGUCAUUGUUGCUGGAGACGGACCUUGGGGUGCCAGAUAUAGAGAACUUGGUUCUAAUUUACUGGUUUUGGGGCCACUGAAACAAUCUGAAUUGGCAAGUUUCUACAACGCAAUAGAUGUUUUUGUUAAUCCUACUCUCAGAGCACAAGGACUAGAUCAUACAUUGUUAGAAGCAACAAUGUCCGGUAAGCCAGUGAUGGCUACCAGAUUUGCCAGCAUAACUGGUUCAGUGAUAGUCGGUCCGGAGAUGGGUUACACAUUUUCACCGACAGUAAGUUCAUUGAAGGAUGCCCUUCUCAAUGUUAUAGGAGAUGGCAGGAAAACUUUAGAGAAGAAAGGUCAAAUGGCAAGACAGCGAGCACUGAAGCUGUUCACAGCUACUAAAAUGGCAACUGCCUACGAAAGGCUAUUCCUAUGUAUCUCCAAUAGUACCUCUAAUGAAGAUGGUGAUUACUGUAAGUAUAUACCACCACCACAUUUUUCUGGCUAACUAAACUUAAUUACCGGUUCGCGAUAAUUACAUAAAUUUUUCAAUGCAAUUCUGCAGCAUUUCUAUAACCAAUAUGAGAAUUAUCAAAAAAACUGAGUCUUAGACUAAGAAGAAAAAAAAUCUAGUCCCAGCUUCAAAAACCAUAAGAAGCACAAUCCUCCAACAUGAAGAGACGCGACAUUCCAAGAUAAAAAUGCAUCAUACCUGAGUUGAGUUGAACACUGCAGAGCCCUCAGUCUAGUUGCAAAGAGGUGUCGGCAACAUAGUUAACACAAAUGCCUUGAUGAAUUCCGGAGCACGAUUUGGAUUAUUAUAAACCCUAUCCAAUUCGGAUCUUUCGCUACUCAUACUGUAUUUACAUACAUAAUAUGUCGUAGUACGAGUGUAGCUUUCCAAGGUCACGACACUUUGAGUUGUAGGAUUAUAAGCUAAAGGCCGAAAAGUACAGUCAGGAUGAUUGAGAUGCCGUGUGCAGUGGAAACCGCGAAUCCAUGUAUCAUCAUCCGGUAAUAUCCAAACACUCAACUGAUUUUUAUGACCGUGGAUACAAGCAAUAGACCCAUUGAAUUCUGCAAAACAUUUUUCACCACCUUGUUCAACUUCCUCUGGCAACUCAAUCACCUUAGAUUGGCGAUUACAACUGUCAUUAGUACCUAC